AGCGCAUCGGUGACGAAUUAGUGGGACGGUGGUGCAAAACGUGCAAAAGGAAAGUGGUAAAUUAUCGUGUCGUGCCACGUCUCUCGUCUGCAUCCAAUGCGAUCUCGAAAUUCCUUCGUCAUGAGCAUCCUAAUGUACAUUGUUCAAAACGAGUAUAAGGGAUCGCCAGGGGAGACCGCGAAGCAAAACGCUGUAAUGGCACGUACGCAAAUCGAUUUUGUCGACCAGGACACGACGAGAACUUCCAGCGAUCAAAAUACAAUCCCUUACGAGAUCAGCAACAAUGAAAGCUACAUGAACAACGAAACUCUGCUUUACAAUGUGUCGUUCAACGAAGAUUAUAUUUUCGACAGGACUGACGUAAAAGUAAUUUUCAUCACUUUAUACACCAUUGUAUUCGUCUGCUGUUUCUUUGGUAACUUGAUGGUGAUUUUCGUGGUAACAUUCUCCCGUCGGUUGCGCAGCAUCACGAACUUCUUCCUGGCGAAUCUGGCGGUGGCGGACUUUUGCGUGGGCAUAUUCUGCGUCUACCAAACACUCACCAAUUACUUGAUGAACAGCUGGCAGCUGGGUGACUUCCUCUGCAAGGUGUAUAUGUUCGUGCACGCGCUCUCGUACACCGCCAGCAUACUGAUCCUCGUAGUAGUAUGCACCGAGCGUUACCUAGCCAUCGUCCAUCCUAUCAAGUGUCGGUCCAUGUUGACCAGGAGACGCCUUAGAAUGGUGAUAGGUGUAGUAUGGAUCCUGGCUGCCGUGUACGCCUCGCCCAGAUUUUUCUACGUUGAGACCAUCAGUAAUCGUCUCAACAGCGGCGACGUCGACAUUAUCUGCAUAGCCAAUAUCAAGAAGCACAACAAGAACGUUCUAGACGUGGUGAAUCUCGUCUUGCUCUUGUGCUGCCUCUACACAAGGAUCGCCAUAGGUCUCUGGAGGAGCAGCGCGACCCUCGGAGGACCUGGCCUAGUCGCCAGGACGAAAAAUGGUCGAAUACACCAUGUACACACGUCCAGCAGAAACGUACUGAAGGCACGACGCGGCGUUAUCAGAAUGUUGAUCGCAGUGGUGAUGAUGUUCGCCGUGUGCAACCUGCCUCAGCAAGCGCGUAUCCUCUGGCGACACUGGGGCCCAAACUACGAUCACGCGUCGGACUUCAGCACUUUGCUGACCGUGUCGACCUUCCUCAUCUCGUAUAUGAACUCCUGCCUGAAUCCGUUGCUGUAUGCUUUUCUAUCGCGCAACUUUCGCAAGGGUAUGCGGGAACUACUGCACUGCAGAGGGUCGAGGAACAACGGUGGUGCCCUGGCGAUGGUGUGUGCCAGUUCUGACCACAACCGUCACGAGAAUGGUGUUACCCAUGUACCACAGAACUCGGUCGUCCGACUAAACUCUGUGCAGGACAGCCUAUCCACUACUCGGCAGACCAUCACUCGGCACAAUACUUUAUACGGCAAGAGAACUUAAUAAACUACUGUCGUCCGCGCGACGGCAGUAGAUCGCGAAGUGAUUCUUUACAGGGUAUUCCAGGACAGGAGCUGGCAGAAUCCUUCUCAGGGAGGUGCGCGAGCGCCUGCGGGAUCUUUUUAGAGGGUCUAUUUUGACUCGUAGUUUAUUUAGUUUAACGAGAAAUGAACGAAGCGUUGCAUUGCUACGCGCAUCGACAUACUGUUUAUUCGGAUUUACUGAAGAAUUUAUACAUAUUAUACUGGGAGAAGUAAAAUGGUAUAAUUACUAUAAUUUAAUAUCAUUUUUGUACCAACUCCUAAAA